AGCGAACAAUGGGUGGCGGCAAUGCGCAGAAGACGGCGAUCUCGCGUGAGCGUAACCAAGCGAAGCUACGAGCAGCGCAAGGAGGAGCCUCGCAGCUCGGGAACAAUGCUAAGGCCAUGUCGAUCAAAUGCAAGAUCUGCAAGCAGGCGUUCAUGUGCACUCAGAAUGAGCAGGAUCUGAUGAACCACGUGGAGGGGAAGCACAAGGGCAAGACUUACGAGGAUUGCUUCGACCCCAUCUACGUCGCCGUCCCCACUACAGCAACCGUCUACAAAGGAAGGAAAGUCGCGUAUGAGCAGCUGGGAACAGAUGCGAAGAAAGGAUAUCCGAAAGACAGUGGGGCUGCUGAGUUUGAGACGAAAGAGGCUGCCUACGAGCACAUCAUGGCUUCGGUAUCCUACAUCACCGAUGCUGAUAGCAUCACCUACAUUGAGUCAUGACAGCGCUAGCAAACUUUGAUCUCUGUACUUGUAUCUCUUGCCGCAUGUCGUUUGUUUCAUUCUUGUAUCUCGCUGCCGGCAUAAAGUUUUUCCCUACUUG